AUGGAUGAGCUCAUUGGGACCAAGGACCAGUGGUGUGAUUUCGUUUCUCGCGACUCCACCGGUGCGACCUUGUCCUGGUCACCUCAGGAAAGUUUUAAUCCUUUGGCGACCCAGGUCAAUCCCGCCCAGUUGGUCCCAGUCCAGGUCAGACCUGAUAAGUUUCUCAAAGAUAGCACUAUCGGUUAUCGGGAUCAUGAGAAAAUGAGCGAGAUCCUAUUGAAAUAUGAACUUUUAGGAGACCAUAACCGGGCGCUGCCGGAGACCGACGACGAGAUGAACAUAUUUUGCUCGACAAUGAGUGACUUCACAACUCUUGGCACCACUUUCCAGGGCGAAAUUCGUGAAUUUGUUUCGGAGUUCCUAUCAAUUUGUCCGGAAAUAGUGGCACGGGUUGAGACAUCCAGUGAAUUAAUAAAGGCGGCCGAUAGUUGUGAUAUUAGCCAGGCAUCUAGCUGGUUCGACCUAUUAUGGACAGCCACAAUACCGGCCCCACAAAAACCUGAACAGAUUAACACCCGGUUCCUACUAUUCACGCGUAAUGUACCAAAGGUGGAGCAGGUGAUCACCCUGGGCGAUCGGGAUGGCAUCAAACUUUCAGAUUUUGACGGUGGGAAGCCUACCAAGUUUAUUACCCAUGGCUACGCCACUAAUUUACAGCAAGGACCCUGGAUGUUGCGUUUAAAGGACCUGUGGUUAGAUGCGGGCGAUUAUAAUGUAUUUAUUGUGGACUGGAGUGGUGGUGCUAAUGGACAGUACGAACAGUCAGUGUCGGGACUCGGCUUAUCUAAAGUGCAUUUAGUGGGUCAUUCAUUGGGAGCCCACAUCUCAGGCUUUGCGGGACAGGCACUGAAUGGACUGGUGGGUCGUAUCACGGGAUUAGACCCGGCUGGCCCUCAAUUCGACGGCUUAAGUGCAAAGGAUAGGCUCGAUCACACUGAUGGACAAUUUGUGGACGUAAUUCAUUCGGAUGCUACCAAGAAUGGAGGUUUGGGAACACUGGAGAAUUCGGGACAUUUGGACUUUUUCCCUAAUGGCGGUCACGAUCAACCAGGGUGCCUUUUGGGUAGACUACCUAACAUACUCACCCAUGGUUUAUCCGGCUUAACCGCGUGCAACCAUUUAAGGGCCAUUGAUUUUUACAUGGCUACUGUUAGUGGCACUAAUCCCAGGGGCGUGGGCUACCAGUGCUCGGACUACGACACCUACCGGCGCGGUGGGUGUCCCGCCAAUUGUGCCGCGAAUGCCGCCAAUUGUGCGACCAUUGGAGAGGAGGCCAUACAGUGGAAGCCCUUAGAGAACCAAACACUCGGUCGCCGAUACUUUUUGACUACCAGUGCUCUGUAUCCGUAUUUUUAAAAGUUUAUGUCGGUAGUACAUUUAAUGUACAGUGUCAUAAUUCAAAAAGUUCAAUAAUUAAAUGAUAUAUUAAAUGACCAAUUUUGAAAUCAAUAAAA